GCCGCCGGGGCCCCUGCCCAGCGCGCCCAGAGCCUGGAGCCCUACGGAGCGGGCCUGAGGGCCCUGGUGACAUCGGUAGAGCCCGAGAGCCCCGCUGUGUUCUGCAGCCACGAGGUGGUGGAGGCCAUGUGCCCAGUGCCUGCUGUGCCCUCCAGCAAUGCCCACGUCGUCAAGAAAAUCAGCAUCACUGAGAGGAUCUGCGAGGCGGCCUCAGGUCCCCCACAGGCACCUGCGGAGUCUCCCUCGUCCCCCCCAGGGUCGGCGCCCGUGGAGAGCACAGGCCGGGUGGCUGCUGCUGGCCCCGCCCACGGGGAGCCCCCCAGCCAGGAGGCACAGGUGUCCGGGGAGCCUGGGGGAGCAGGUGGGCCCCAGGCGGGUGUGUGGUCCGUCCUGAAGAGGAAGGAGGAGCCUGCAGACCGGGCAGCCUGCGGGAGGAGCCUGCAGUUCGUGGGGGUCAACGGCGGGUAUGAGUCGUCCUCCGAAGGCUCCAGCACAGCCGAGAACUUCUCCGAUGACGAUGGCAGCGGCCGUGGUGGCCCAGAGAAUGAGGCCCCGGAGCCAGAACAGAGGCUGCCGAGUGUGACUGGAGCCCCACGGUGCAGGCCCCCGGGCACCACGGCAGCAGCACCCCAGACCAGCCUGCCGGGGAGCCAGCUAUCUCGGGAGGCUCAGCAUGUUCCUGUGGCCGAGGAGGCAGCAGGCACCAACUCAGAGGAUGAGAUCCGGAUGGAGCUGAGUCCUGACCUCAUCUCGGCCUGCCUGGCACUGGAGAGAUACUUGGGCGACGCCAAUGCACUCACAGAGCGGGAGCUGAAAGUGGCCUACACCACCGUGCUGCAGGAGUGGCUGCGCCUGGCCUGCCGCAGCGACGCCCACCCUGAGCUGGUGCGACGUCACCUGGUCACCUUCCGGGCCAUGUCGGCACGGCUGCUGGACUACGUGGUCAACAUCGCUGACAGCAACGGCAACACCGCGCUGCACUACUCCGUGUCCCACGCCAACUUCCCUGUGGUGCGGCAGCUGCUGGACAGCGGUGUCUGCCACGUGGACAAGCAGAACCGUGCCGGCUACAGCCCCAUCAUGCUCACCGCCCUGGCCGCCCUGAAGACGCAGGACGACAUCGACACCGUCGUUCAGCUGUUCCGGCUUGGAGACGUCAACGCCAAAGCCAGCCAGGCGGGGCAGACGGCCCUGAUGCUGGCGGUCAGCCAUGGCCGGGUGGACGUGGUCAGAGCCCUGCUGGCCUGCGAGGCGGACGUCAACAUCCAGGACGACGACGGCUCCACGGCCCUCAUGUGCGCCUGCGAGCACGGUCACAAGGAGAUCGCGGGGCUGCUGCUGGCCGUGCCCAGCUGCGACAUCUCGCUCACCGACCGAGACGGGAGCACCGCGCUCAUGGUGGCGCUGGACGCGGGGCACAGCGAGGUCGCGUCCAUGCUGUACUCGAGGAUGAACAUCAAGUGCUCGUUUGCCCCGAUGUCGGAUGACGAGAGCCCGGCGUCUUCCUCUGCAGAGGAGUAAGGAGGGAGCCCGCGGCGUCUCCGGACCGCAGCCCCAGAGCCGACCGUCCCGGUCCCCGCCGCCUCCCGCCCGCGCCGCUCUCCGCCCCACUGCUGCUCCCCCAGGCCCUGACGUCGCUUCCGCUCCUUGGGGGACCUCGACACCAGCGCCCCCCCAGGCGCCGAGCCCCGUUUCUUUUCCCAGGACCUCGAUUCAAACCCGCGGCUGCGCAGACCAAAGCUAAAUCCCGGUCUGCAGCGGCGGCAGGGUGUGGGCUGAAGGAGGAGGGAGAACAAUCCGCCCGGGACGGGCUGGGGAGGCGCCCGGGAAAGGUCAGGGUGUUGGAGUCAUCGCGGGCGGGGGAGGGUCCCUGCGGCCGGAUUUGAAGUUCACUGGUGUUGGGCCUGGCCUGACAUCCGGGAUGAGUUCUCCGAGUCAUGUCCCAGUGCCUGCCUCCCUCUCCACCCACAUUUCACUGUCUGAUUUAUGAUACUUUCCCGGACAGCCUGGGGGUGGGGGGCGUCUCUUCUGGUCAUUCCACAAAACAGAUUGUGUCCCUGUCAGAUUGUCACCCAGGCCUGAAAGUUCAGUCCUUCCAUCUUUAGGUUUUUUGAGGUAGGGUCUCAGUACGUAGCCCAGGCUGGCCUUCCAAGUCAAAUAGAUCGCCCUGCCUCAGCCUCCCAAGCACUGGGGUCACAGGCGUGUUGUCGCCACGCCCAGCUGCCUUCUGUCUUGCCCUUAAUGCCAGCAUCGACCCCUCCAGACCUGGGGAGGGGAGAGCUCAGGGUGCUGCUGCUAGUCUCUCAGUAGCUCUGACUGGGAGGUCAUCAACCCACAGAAGAAACGACUCAAAUCCACCCCCUCCCCUCACAGUGGCCCUGGCCAAUGUCAGUCUUCCUAGAAAAUCUUUCCUCCCCAGAGGCCGAAGGAAAAGAUCCAGUUCUCAGAGUAGCGGCUGCCUCUGGAAUCCAGAGCUAUAGUAACAGGGCCGCCUUUUUUCUCCCCAGGGCUCCGGAAUCUUUUUCCUCCAUGGAAAGAAAACCCGGGCUGGGCUCCUUGGCAAAGCACAGGGCAAGCUCUGAAAACCCCAUGUGUGUACGAUUAAAAGUUGGCCGACCUGGGCCUCAGCACAAACUGAAAAAGACGGGCUUUUGCCGAAAACCAAACAAAGGCCAACUGGUGCUCUCUCCUCCCUCUCCUCCCUCUCUCUCUCCCUCUCUCUCCCUCUCUCUCCCUCUCUCUUUGGAGCCACCUGAAAAUGGGUUCUUCAGAAAAGUAGUUUUCUUGGCCUCAGAGGUGCAACAUGGUUUUCUUUCCAGUUCUUUUUCUUGGUAAGGAAACAAAAAAGGGUCCUAGGCCUCGCAGUGUGCCUUGUGAUCGGGGAAGAAGUGUCCUUCCAAACAUAAGUCCCACCCUUUCUCAGUCUUAGCCCUACAGGAAUUUGAAGCCAAACCUUGAUGGAACAGCCUUAAACCCCAGGAGGUCACAGGCCCAUUGAUAAAGCAGAGUCCUGGCUUCUGUCCUAGGGAAGUAGAUUUCUUGGCUGGACGUAGUCUGGCUUCCUUUUUUUAAAGACAUCCUGGCUUUGAACUCAAGGAAAUCCUCCUGCCUCAGCCUCCUAAGUGCCAUAAUUACAGCUUAGUUUUGUAUUGAAGGGAUAUACCAAAGGGAAAA